GAGGGAUAAGUCAGUCACACAGCCAGACCCAAACAACUUAGGUGUUGGACUGUGAGAGCUCACAGUAGCAGCAGCAGCAGGGGCAGCCUACAAAGGAAGGCUUGAGAACUGAAUGGUAUUCUUCAAGCCUUCUGUGUAAAAGCUAGGUUAGGGCUGGAAAGCAAACUCAGCUGUCACUCUGCUGCAUUCCAGGCAUUCCCAAGGACUUGUAAAACAGACGGAGAAAAGCCUUGGGACGGAAAGCAUUUGAAGAUUAAUUUUUAACAAGAGAUUUCACCUUAAAACUGGGACCAUGUUUUCUGGAUUUCAGUACAGCCUCUUUCUGUUCCUGUGUCUCACAGCAUGUCAGGAGUCUCAGGCUUCCCAGAAUUGUCUCAACAAACAGCAACUGCUGACUGCCAUUCGCCAAAUGCAGCAGUUCUUGAAGGGGCAGGAAACACGGUUUGCAGAGGGAGUGCGCAUGGUGAAAAACCGGCUGACGGCACUGCAAAACUCCGUGACCAAAGCCGCCCCAGACCUACCAACUGUGUCCUGUCCUGCACUGGAAGCCCCUAUGGAUGGCAAAAAGUUUGGUACCAAGUACUUGGUGGACCAUGAAGUCCAUUUCACCUGCAAACCUGGUUUUCAGCUCAUUGGUUCUAGCACUCGAGUGUGUCAAGCAAACGGCAGCUGGACUGGAGAGGAACCUCAAUGCAAAGAUGUCAGCAAAUGCUCUAGUCACCCCUGCCAGAAUGGUGGAACAUGUAUGGAAGGAGUAAACCAGUACAAAUGCAUUUGUCCUCCAGACUGGACUGGAGCCAAUUGCCAGUACCAGACACAAACAGCACCACCUUCAUGGAGCAUUACAAAUGACCCUGCUUUCAGUCGUAAGCCACGCUGUGCCAAAAUUGACAGGACACAGCACUGUAGCUGUGAGGCAGGUUUCCACAUGAGUGGCACAGCAGACAAUAGCAUUUGUCAAGAUGUGAAUGAAUGUGAGGUCUACAAGCUGGAUGGAGCUCCACGCCUGUGUAUGCAUAACUGCAUCAACAUUCCUGGCUCUUACCGCUGCUCCUGCCCCAGUGGAUACAACAUACUUGGUGAUGGGAAAAGCUGUGAAGAUAUAGAUGAGUGUGCCCUGUCCCAGCACAACUGCUCAAAGGGCACAACAUGCAUUAAUACUGGAGGAGGCUUCCAGUGUGUUAGCUCUGAGUGUCCUAAGUCUAGUGGCAAUGUCAGCUAUGUGAAAACAUCACCAUUCCAGUGUGAACGCAAUCCCUGCCCAAUGGACAGUAGAUCGUGUCAUCAUGCCCCAAAGACCAUCUCUUUCCACUACCUGCCUCUGCCUUCCAACCUGAUCACUCCGACCCCACUUUUCCGUAUGGCGACUGCCUCAGCUCCGGGACGGCCUGGACCUGACAGCUUGCGCUUUGGGAUUGUGGGAGGCAACAACCGAGGGCACUUUGUGAUGCAGCGCUCAGACAGGCAGACAGGAGAGCUCAUCCUUGUACAAAGCAUGAAAGGACCCCAGACAGUGGAGGUGGAUGUUGACAUGUCAGAGUACCUGGAUCGCACCUUCCAGGCCAAGCAUGUUUCCAAAAUUACAGUUUUUGUGUCUCCCUACGAGUUCUAAAGAAAGCAGCUCAUGAAAGCAAGGAAAUCAACAGCUCAUGGACUGUUCCUCCUCAUCCAUCACUUUCUUUUAGUACAGACUCUUUUAGAAACUUCCUCUGUUUCUAACUAGUGAUCCAGGCCCUGUGAGAGCACCUGUAGCCACCGAAAGGCAACCAUACUGCAACUACUCCAAGAAACAUGAGCUUAAAAACUAGUAUCAAGCAAUGAUAUCAACCAAAUUACUCUGGUAGUUACAGGAGUAUUUUCUGCAAUCAUCUCAUAAAUUUACUCUUUUGUAGGAAGUUUUGACUUUGGAUACUUUACAUUUUUUACCAUCUUCCAUAGAUCUAUGCUUGUAGGAACACUAACUCUAAUCAGAUGAGUAUACCAAUGAAAGCCAGAUUCUAUCAGAUACACUAACCUCCCUGUAGCUAAAUAUUUUUCCCUCUGGAUUUGGGAUUUUUUUUCUUUUUGGCUCUGUCUCCUGACUGGUUUUACACCCACAUAUAUGAAAAACAGCAAAUGAAGUGUGAAUGAACUCAUGUGCUCGCCAGCAACAAGCAGCUGCUCCAUCACAGAAGUCUGGCAUGCUCUGUAGCAACGGGCCACACACCCAACAGAAUUAUCAGGAAACCAUAGCAAUUUAGCAUCCUCCCCACUAACCUCCAGGAAACACAGUGCUGAGAUCUAGAUUGGAAAACACGUGCUGGUGAGUAAUCUGUGGGCAAAUGAGUGUGCUGAAGCCUUGUUUGUCCUCAUCCCACCCCUCACAGAGAUGUCUGUUGCAUUCAGAUCAGUUCAGUGAUGAAGAUGUAAAUUAAAUACAGCCCUGAAGAGUUGUUUAGAAAACCAGCAUGUUGAAUCAGUAUUGCCCAUAAGCAGUACUGACUUCAGGCAUGAGCCCAUGGGAUCCAAGUCUUGUGUCUCUGUAUGAAAGGACUCCAAGACCCAUCAGCUAGUACAAAGAGAAGGCACAUGUGACUUGUGUCUCUGCAUGGGGUGCAACCUUUCAGGAGCACAACAUGGAGAGACUACAUGCACCCAGACAUACCAACCUCCAAAUACACCAUCAUGCAAAACUCUGACUAUUACUGCCUGCACAGUCACACAAAAUCAGCACAAUAACUACCAUAGGGUUACUUGCAUAGAGGCCCCCAACUGGCAGUGUGCCCACGGCCUCAAAAAUCCUUAAAACAACUAUGCACGCAAGAGCAGAUGGCACAGCCUGAACCGGUGUUGCAUAGGUUUUUCCACAACACAGCUCAGUCCUUCUGGUGAUAAUACCACUGUUAUUCUGGGCCUGGGUUUGUUUCGGCUGAGCACAGCUGACCAAGUACUUGUUCAUCUUGUUCUGAAAUAGUCUAUGAAUGGGGUUGGAAAUCUAAAUCCAUAUGAAAUAAGGGUGUUACUUUGUAGGUUCCACAGCAGUCACACAAUACCUCUCAGGCACAAACCUUCACAGCUAUGAUGUGCACAAAUACAACCAAUCAAAGAUGGGUUAGUGCAAAAUGUUUGGAGACAUCCAGGGGCAUCAGUCUGUCAGUGUAAGCAGAGGCACACAGCUCAUAGUAAGGAGUUGAACCUCCCCAGCAAGGUUCUGGGAGCAAUCCAACCCAAAGGUACAGCCAGAAAGCAGCACUGGGCCCAGAACAAAAAGUUGAUCAGUCCUUGAAUCCCCCUAAGCCUAGACAAUUUACUGGUGCUCCUUUCCUGCACAAGGGCACAAAAGGAGCUUUUGCUUGGAGCUGUGAAGUGCACUCCGGCCUUGUAAAAGCAACAUCAUAUUAUUUUUCAUAUAUUUAUAUAUUUCAUAUCUGUCAUAUAUUUAUGACAAUGAACAAAGCAGAGACUAGAGUAGCAGGUUGACUCUAAUACAGUGGUUUUCAGUCUUUUUAGAUCUGAGGCACCCUUCCAUGAUAUGCACAGGGAUCAAACUGGGUCACAUAUUUGGAAACUGAGAGACAGUUUGUUGAUUCGCAAAGCAAAUGAAAUUACAUGUAAAAAUAGCAGCACUUCUGCAGGGUAAUCAGCAGGGUUCUUGGAAUCACAGUUCCUAUAGCAGCUUCAAGAAACUUGGCUACUUUGGUGUGUUCUUAAUUUUCUGUCUGUAUUGUAGCCUGAUCCCCAGUGUUACUGAGAAGGUCACUGUCUCCAAAAGGAGCACUGGGAGCUCUCAGAGCCUUGGCUUUGUUUAGGACAAUAAACACAGCAGAGACUAGAGUAGUAAGUUGACUCUAACAGAGUAGUUUUCAAUCUUUUUAGAAUCGAGGCACCCUUCCAUAAUCUUGGUGAAUUGAGUAGCACUCCAUUUCUAACAUUAAUUUAUUGGUGCCUUGCCUGCUUGCAGAGGGGCUGGGAAAGAGGAGAAGCAGCUGACAGGAUGAGCAACUGGAAAGGAAGAGCCUGAAUUUACCUUCUGCCCAGAGCCUGAGCUUAUCUUGCUUGUCUCCUCUUUCCCCAUGGCACCCUUCAAAGGCUGUCAUGGCACCCCAGGGUUGAGAAGCAGUACUCUUGAAGCUCAGCACAGUCCUGUUAAUCUGUGCGUAUAUGAGAGCUGUCAGUGCCAUCAGUUGGAAUAGGGGCCCCAAGGGCAAGUGUGCAUCUGUAUUUUGGGGUAAAAUGAAGGCUCAACCUCAAAUACCCUGAGUCACAUGAGCUGCCCCUUCCUGUCUACACUACCUUGCUGCAGCAUGGAGACAAGUAGUAGGCAGACUGAUUUCUAGAAGAACAGGAAACUAAAGCCCUUUUGGGAAUCACGCUGGCUAUUUGCAUCUCCUGUUUUAGACUCUAAUUAUGGGCAAUAGAGACAGUCAGUGAAGUGCCGAAAGGCCACUAGUGGACUUCCUAUGCUUGUGGCCUGCAGUGCUCCGAUGAAUACUGAACUUACAGCAGGGGCAGAAGGGAGCCCAGCCUCGGGCUUUGAUGCCAAGGAGAGCUUUGGGGUUAGGCUGGACACCUGCCAGGGAGUGUGAGGUUAGGGGUUUGUAUUGUGGAUGGUUGGCAGGCUUGGGCUAGAGGGGAGGCCUAGGAGUCACUCAAGUUUACAGUGUAGACAGAUCUUGAUGCUCCUUGUCCAAACUAGGUUUCAUGAACAGUCUUGCAUUUUGGGUUCUCCUCAUCCAUGUCCUUGCACAGAUUUUCAGUCACUAAAUAAACAGAAGACAGAGGCAGUCAGGCUGUCAAUAUGAGAACCAGAAGAGAGGACAGAUUGUGAAGAUGGUUUAGCAGAAGCACGUAUAAUUUCUCUGUUUAAGAAUUACUGUGGGCUUGAUUCUGUGGUUUGAUACCUGAUAGAGGUGGUAUGGUCUCCCCUCUCUUGGGGGGGUGGGAAGGGGAAACUUUGCCACGGCCCUGUAUGAACCAUCUAUUAAUUGUAGGUUGUAGGGGCACACGCCUCCUACAUCCUACAGUAAGAAUCAUACCUGGAUGCUGCAACAGGAAACAAGUACCAGUUUCAAAAAGAAACAGUGGAGGCAAACUGAGGUUAACGGUUCAGCUAGAAUUUAGAUCCUUGUUAGGUUUAAGGAGGGAAGAGAGGUCCAUGAGCUACCACUGCAACAAUGACAACAACAACAACAACAAAUUAAAAGCAAGGAAACUAGCAAAUGAUGCCAUGCUACACUGGAGUGGGCAGCAUUGUGUUUAAAGGAGGCUUGUAAAAGAGCAAUGUGGCACUCUGUUAAAAGAUUUAGCCAGCCUCAGAAAGUGUGGGUCUUAAUUAAAGGGUUCUUAGAAAGCCCUGAAGGGCUAUACCAGCCUACAGCAUCUAAUCUCCUUCCCAGUAACACAUGGGAGGGUUUAGAAAGCAUCAUCAGUUACAGGGAAAUAAGGAAAACAGUGCAAACCUCAGGGCAUUGCUGUAACUUAGAUGGGACAGUAACAUAGCAUUCAGACCAUUUGGGGCCUUCUCUUCUCCCCAUUGAAGUUCAUAGUCAAAACUCAUUGAUCUCAGUGGAACAGAAUCAGGUCUUUAUAGCUUGACCAUGUGUAAAUUAGGUGUCUUAACUUUAUUAAAUGAAAGCAUUCACAUAAUUGUUGCUCAGAGGCAGGCUGUCUGCCAACACGAUACCCCGCUGGUGAAGUAAUUCUGUGGGUUAAGUGCAUGUUAUGUAUAAUGUAAAAUUAAUGUAUAUUAAUUAGGCUGUUUUCAGUUCCAUUCAGGGAUUGUGUUUCCAUUGAAUGCCAUAAUAAAAUUAACUGACUGCUUAUUAAAAUAUCAAACAAUUGAACCAAAGUUUUUUUUAAUCCCAAGCUGGCAGUCCUGAAUAGGCAUCUAGAAGUCACAACUAGCCUGCCUUUCCCACAUUGCUAAAUCAGAGGGAGGUCCCAGAUAAACAGGUACAGGGUGCUCAGGGGUGCUAGUAUGGAGAAGUUUGGAACUCCUCAUUUUAUUCUAUCCAUUUUUCUACUUCUGUAUUGCUGAGGUGUUCUUUUAAGAAUACAUUGACUGGUUGUGUUAUCCCAAGGAUCAAAAGCAUGUCCUAAGGCAAAUCCUGAGGAUAGCAUUAUAAUAAAAAUACCUUGUAUGGAAUAUAAAUGUUAUCCAUUGUUGCAAAAAUCAUGUUGAUAGCAUUCAGGGCUUGUUGUAAGGCAAGGAUUUCAAAGAUACAGCCCACAGGCUGGCAGUGGGCCAUGGAGCUGAUUCAACAGGACUCCCAGAGGAGCUUGGAAUUAGAUGGUGUGAGCCAGGGGUAGGGCCUGCCACCGAAAUCUGGGGUACAGAACCUCAUCGGGGAUGCAUGUCAGUGGAGGGAUAAGCAACAGCUCUGUUAACCCCUGCACUGCCAUUUCAUCCUGCCACUGGAAGUAGGUCCAGAUCCGACCCAUGAGAAGCCCCAUGAUCUGGAUCCAGCCUGGGGACCUGGGUGAGUUUGACACCCCGGAUGGAAGAGAACCUGAGGUGUGACUAUUUCAUGCACAAUAAACCACUGCCCACACACUUAGUUGUGACUGAGCAGCUGUAGAAGACAACUGCUGAUUCAGCAAUCAUUUCCAUUGUUUGCCUUAGCAGGUAUAAUAAUUAAUACAUGCAGAGCCCACUUUUAUGAUAUCACCACUUUCAAUGUUAGGUACCUGUUUCUCAGUUUCAGUGCUUUCUUAUGUUAACCAUGAAACACUACAUUAUGCAUGCUUUUAUAAUACACCGUUUUAGUGUGAUUAAUGAUGUAGACUUUUAUUGGAUAAAUAAAGUACUUCACACCUUUUG